GUUAUAACACAGUGGUGGGUGAGCGAGGACUGAAGCUGAGUGGGGGAGAGAAACAGAGGGUGGCCAUUGCCAGGACCAUACUGAAGAACCCCCAGAUUGUACUGUUAGAUGAGGCAACCUCGGCGUUGGACACUAAGACUGAACGCAACAUACAGACCUCUCUGGAGAGAGUGUGUGAGAACAGAACCACCAUCAUAGUGGCUCACCGACUCUCUACCAUCAUACAUGCUCAUCAGAUACUGGUGAUGAAGGAGGGCGUCAUUGUUGAAAGGGGGACCCAUGAUCAGCUUCUACAAGUGAAUGGUUUCUAUGCCGACAUGUGGCAUCAACAACUGACUAAGAAAGAGGAAGCCGGCAACGAUAAACACAACGGAACAGAGGACGCAGGAAGUAUAAAUAACGACGCCGACGCUUCCUAAUUACAGGAAGUAUUGAUAACGACACCGAUGCUUCCUAAUUACAGAGUGGGGUUUUUUCUGUCUUUCAGGGUCAGAUUUUAACUAAAGAAUUUUCUUCAUAUUAGAAGGAAUACUAUAAUAGUCAAAUAUUAUAAUUUUUAUACCAGGUGUUUGGUAAUACUUGUAUCUUGUUUAUGGCACUAUUUGUUUAUGAAAUAUUUUGUGAUAAUCACUUGUCUUAUUCAAAGCUCAUUUUUUGCCAUUUUUUUAAUCAUACAAAGGAUCUGAUUUUAGGGAUACUGAAUUACAUGUACAUGUUUAUACCUCUAUUCAAAUUUGCAUGUUUUGUAAGCCAUAUAUAUAGCUUUACCAUUUAAAUCUUGUUUAUAUAUCUGCACAACUUCUCACAUAAUCUUUGGCUUUGAACUAUUUCAUUUACUCCUUAAUGUGUUGUCUCAUUUAAACCUCAAAAGAGUAGAAAGAUCGGGACCCGGAAAGCUAUAAAAUGUGCUUAAUUAUAGUUUUGGUGAAGUAUGCAUAAUAAAUAACAUUUCAAGUUUCAUUUAGAUAUUAGGGUAAAAAUUUCAAUUUAAUUAAAGUGUCUGUCUCUAAGCCUAUUGUAAAAAGAGGUUUAUUAAUAUUAAAAGUGGUAGUCUGUGAUGAUUUCUGAUGCCAUACAUUUAUCUCUUCACCACUAUUAUAGUUCUAAUUAUUGGGAUUCCAUUAUGUCCACUGUCACAUAACACAUGAUAGAAAACUGAUGCAUUUCUUAUCUUAAAUUUUAAAUAUUAGCUAUUUAUCUGUAGAUUUUCAUGUCCCAGGGAUGCUGAGUUCUCCUUUAGUUACUUGUUAGUAGUGUAAAUAAUACAUAUACAUGUAUUGUGAAGAUUAGAGAUCAGUGUGUAGUUUGUUGGGCAAUAUGCUAGCAUUUAAAACAAGUUCCUGGAUGUACCCAGCAAAUGACACAGGGAUGAUGUACUUUUUUCCCUAUCAUAUAUUGGAUAAAUUAACACUAUGUACAUAGUCACAAUUUUUCUUUGGAAAUAUAAUUUACUCUAUGUACCUUGAAGCCAUAAUUUUCUAACCUUGCAUUAAACAGUGAUUCCAUAGAAUUAUUACUGUGUUGAAAAAGUACAUUACAGUGUUUACAUUUAUAAUAUGUGUGCUAUAAAAAAUGUAAAGAAUAGCAAUAAAAGUGCUGUUGAAUGGGAUUGAAAUACACAAGGUAUUCUAUAUUUAUAUUUCUAUAGUCCCAGCUGUAAUACUAACACGAUCGUCCGGGAUAUUGAUGUGCACAGUAGACAUUAAAUCUUUAGAUUGAUGAAAUCCAUAUCCAGUUGUGAAAUAGAUAUUAGCACUGAAUUUUCAAAGAGUUGUCAGGGAGAAAACGGUCAGAAACGUAGAUAUUAUACUAGCAUUUUAAAAUGUGCCAUACAUGUAUGAUAUUGUAAACCUUGAAUGAUCAGAGAGAUCUGUCAACUUAAAACUCUACAAUUAAAUAUUAGUGCUUUAAAUUCAUGUAGAAAAUUUUUAAUUAUUUAAACUAUGGCAUUUUCUUUCACACUUCACCUUGUUAUCAACAUAUUUUUUUAAAAUAAACUACAAAAUUCAUAAUAGUUGUCUGUGAUAGGUUGUUUAAAGUUUUAUUUACUGUAGUACAUGUAUAAGUAUUAUACAGAGUUUGGGUAUUUUUGCUCACUUUUUCCCCAUCACACUUGCAUAUAUGUGAGGUUUUGCUCCCUUUGUAAGUUUACUCAGGCUAGCACAGAUGAUUUAAAAAAGAAUAUCUUCUCACCCCAUAUUGUAAAUUUGCCCACAUGCAUCAAGGUGCAUGCAUAUAUUUUAAGCCUUUAAUUAAUGAAAGUUUACCAAUAAAAGCAAAAGGGAUAUACAUUUUACUGUAAUUUUUAAUUUUAUUUUAAAUUUACCUGUUUUGGCUUCUUCUUAAAAUUAUUUACAGUCUUUUUGUUUGUGUAAAAAUUUGUGUAAAAAUCACAAUAUCUUUUAAGAAACUGUAUCACUAAACUUUGUCUCACUUUUCUGAAAAGGUGUCAAUGAGCUAUAUUACUUGGUGCUUAUGUAAUAAAAUAUUUCUAUAGGGCCAUAAAAAAACUAAUUUCUUGGUUCUCAGGCCCUCCCUCAUCUCUUCCAAGGGUGUCUCAUUGACCCUUCUUAUUGCUAUUAGUGAAAUAAAAACAAAAAA